CAGGUCUGGCAACUCGGGCCGAAUUUUAGUGGUGGGGGUAGCACACUUAUUGAAGCAGGUUUUUUAAUUUAUGAUAUCUCCACCACGUGUCGCUACUAUCUAGUAUACAGCCGCCAUCACGGUCGUACCACAGUCCACGACCGUAGCCGCCGUUAUAUCAUUAUAUGUUCAAUGGUUCAAUGCACGGUCGUGUGUUGUGUCACGUGUAGUAGCAGUGCGAGUAAAAUAGUGCAAAAUGGUUAUAACGUGCGCAGUACCGAAAUGUAAAUCGGGUUACAAAAGUCAGAAAGAGAAAUUGUCAAUGUUCAAAGUGCCGAGAAAUAUAGAAAUGCGCAAAUGGGAAGCCGUUAUUCCUGGUGUAGUGGCAUUUAAAGAAACGUACUUUAUUUGCGAGAAGCAUUUUGAAGGCCAUUAUAUUAUCAGGAACUACAUCAAACAUGAUGCAAAUGGAAAGAUUAUUGCAAACGUUCCAUUUCAGCGUCCUCGUCUACACAGUUCCGCUGUACCAACAAUAUUUGAUGACAAUACAUCGUGUAUCUAUAACAAGGUCGAACUGGUACCUGAACUGGUUCACACUACGGAGAGUCAUCAGUCCAUUAUAAGAACCUCAGAUGAAGUUACAAGAAAAAGACCACGAAUUGGUUUAGCCUCAGACAAAGUUGCAACAAAGAGACCACGAAUCAAUUUAGCCUCAGACGAAGUUACAACAAGGCCAUGCAUCGAUUUCGGGGAUGAUUCUAUCUAUAACAAGGUCGAACUGGUACCUGAACUGGUUCACACUACGGAGAGUCAUCAGUCCAUUAUAGGAACCUCAGAUGAAGUUACAACAAAAAGACCACGAAUCGGUUUAGCCUCAGACGAAGUUGCAACAAAGAGACCACGAAUCAAUUUAGCCUCAGACGAAGUUACAACAAGGCCAUGCAUCGAUUUUGGGGAUAAGAUUGUACAUGUGGAACUAAGUUCUUGUGAUCAGCAGAAGUCUUCAGAAAAAGCGUCAGCUGAAGUUGAGGUGUCAAUGUCAGUUAAUGACAGAAGCUACUUGACAUUCGCUAUUGAUCAGAAAAUUAUUAAAAACAAUAUACGGAGAGAACAACGAGGCAAAAUUUGCGAAAUAUCGUCGACAAAUAAAAGAAAAGUUGGAUGCAAGCUUGGAGUAUGAGAAUUGGGAGGCCGACGACAUAAUUGAAUAUACCCCUGAUCCUGAUGAUGUCCUUUCUCCCACUCUUGACUGUAUCAUAUAUUACGUUACAGGUUUCUUUUUUUAACUAACUUUCUGUACGCUGCUUCACACGUAACUAACCCGUUGGUAACUUUCAAACGCAUUAACAUUUAUUAUUAUUGUACUGUCUUAGCUAUGAGUGCGCAAUAGUAUAUAGUAUAUAGUUGUAUGUAGUAGUUACGCUUCCAUGCUUCAUUUAAGGUGAUCUGACGGGGACAAGAGAUAUAGCUGCAUUUUUCAAUUUUGAUUUUCGGUACGGUUCUUACUGUGGGACAAUUAACGGAUUAAUUAUGUGACGGAUUAAUUAUCGUUCUUUGGCUUUUUUCCCGUAUUAUAAAAAUUAACUUUACGAAAAUUUAACUACAGUCGCGUUACUGACGGACUUGUAUCAAGUCACCUUAAUCGUACAUUAACUUAAGGUCCGAUUGCAAUGUAAAUUAACUUUAAACUCGGUUUAAUUUGAUUUUUAUCUUUUUCUAAUUCUUCGAACUAGAAAAGGAUAAAAGUAAGUUAAACCGAGUUUAAAGUUAAUCUACAUUGAGCAAUCGGGCCUAAAAGUAGUGAUGGCAAACUCUCUACUCUCUGCUAUGGUAGUUAUAUGUUUUUUGCUCUCAAGUUGCCGUUUCAAGCUUUUGAACAAUUUGCUAAAGCCAUUCGAUUUUAAUUUUAGGAUAUCUGUGCAAGCAGGUCCUAAAAAUUUAUAACUCGUGCGAUACCUGUAUAAAAGCUGUAAAAAUUGAUUCCUGCAGUCGAGCUUCAGUACCGAACGCGGCAACGAAACUGAUAGAUAUGAAAACUCGUGGUGGCUUGAUUCACGCCAAUCUUAAAUUUUUUAAUCUCAUCCGUCACGUAGAAGCAUGCUUCGCAAAAUAUGCAUAUUAUGUGGAUGUUUUUGAGUUAACGUUCGAUGAAGUUAUUACAAUUUAUGAUUUUACGUUUCCGUGCAAAGAGCACGCUUCUGACAUACUAUCCUUUGCAUUAGUUUAUUACAUUCGGUUAAGGAUGAGGCAACACGCUCAUCAACAAAACUUAAAAUUAAGUAAAAAAUUUGUUGUGAAAAAAAAGCUGUCAAAAUUGACGAAUGAAUAAACUGCUCUUUAUAUAAUAA